GGGAGGGGGCGCAGCGGGCACGAUGGACCAGGAGGGGUCUCGGCGGCGGCGGCGGCGGCAGCAGCGACUACGGACGAUCAGUAGCCUCGUGGCUUGCCUACAGGGGAGAGCAGACGCAGGCAGAGACGGGCACGACGCGAGGCGACCACACAACCAACAUGGCACCAGACCGCGUCCACGCACCUCGCUUGCCUAUUCCGGUAAGUCCCCCGCUAAUAUGCUUCCGCCCUGGCUACGCACGCGCGGAAGAAUAAUUUGCGCUAUUCUCGGAACAAAGGCCCGCACCGACGGGCACGUCAACGAACGAGGGAAAACGAGGGUGUGA